GAAAUUCCCUUUAUCCUUCAAUUCUCAUUCUCACACUGCAAAACUUGUCAAAAUGUUAGUCUAAGCAAAGAAUUGUAAAAUCACAAGGACUCGGAGUCAACCCCAUGUAGCCACACAAUGCUUGAUUUUGAAUUUUCUAAAGUAUGCGCUGAGGAACAAAAGUCAUAGUAACAACACUCUGACGCAGUGUUGUGUGAGCAAGUGAGAAGUGCAGUUUCCAGGAUCUAUCCCCAAUCGUUCCAACUUAGGACAGAAGAAAAUUCAACACCACAUGAUUUCUAUUUUUCACAGCUACAAUCUCCCUAAAAGCUUCAAAUUAAUUGCCUCCUCCUAGCUAUUUUAUGCAUAUUCCUCAAUAUUUUAUUAGUUGAAUAACUUUCUGCCCACACAGCACUUAUGUGGAAACCACAUCACACGUAUGAAACCAAGACCCAACCCAAAUAGAAAGUCAUAGACGCAUAAUUCAGCUCGUACCUUAUCUUCAUAAAGUCUGGAAAACCCUCUCCUUGAGGCACAGUAGAAGAAAAUGGGUGCUCAAAAAGGGGUUGUUUGGAUGGCGAGAGUUGUAGCGGUGGUUGCAAUCGCGGUGGUGGCGAGCGUAGAGGCCCAACCGGAGGCCCAAUUCGUGUGCAACAGCGCGAACAACUCAAGGUGUGGCGCCCUCAUAGGGUACUCUCACACGAACGGCACCACCCUCGGCGACAUCCAAACCCUCUUCACCGUGAAGAAACUUGUGGGCAUCCUAGGCGCCAACAACCUCCCGAGCAACACCACAAAGAGCCACGUGGUGGGGCCCAACGAGGUUGUGAAGGUGCCGCUCCCGUGCAGGUGCAGCAACGGGACUGGACUCUCGGACGGGGUUCCACUGUAUAAGAUAAAAAAGGGGGACACGCUGUACGACAUAGCGACGACGACGUUUGGGGGUUUGGUUAAGUAUCCGCAGAUCACGGCGGCGAAUAAGUUACCGGACGAGAAUAACAUCACCGCUGGGGCCACGCUUUAUAUUCCGCUGCCGUGUAGCUGCGAUGCGGUGGAUGGGAACAGAGUGGUGCACUAUGCGCACCUGGUGUUGUCGGGGAGCACGGUGGAGGGAAUUGCUGAGCAAUUUGGCACCACUCAGCAGACCCUCCUCACUCUGAAUGGCAUUUCCGACCCCAAAACGCUUCAGGCCGGUCAGAUUCUUGAUGUUCCUCUUCGAGCUUGUUCCUCGAGUGUGAAAAAUGAUUCCUUGGACUAUCCAUUGCUUGUUGCAAAUUCUUCUUACGCCUAUACUGCCCACGAAUGCGUCAAAUGCAGCUGUGAGUCCAGCAACAACUACAUAUUACAAUGCGAGAAAUCCAACCUCAAACCUACCAACUGGUCCACCUGCCCUCCUGCGCAAUGUUCAAGCAACGUCUCCAUUGGCAACACCACUUCCUCUACUGAUUCCUGUAACCGCACAGUCUGUGCCUAUACUGGUUAUACAUUCAACAAUAUCUCAGCAGAACUUGUAACGCAGAACACUUGUGCAGUGCCACCGAGUCCUUCAGGAGGAUCUAGUGGUUCUGGUUCAGGAGCUCCCAGGAGCACUUUGCAAGGCUUGCUUUGGAGUAAACUUUUCAUUGUUAUUCACUUUGUUCUCUUUCUUGUCUAUGUUUUGUAGUAAAAUGAAACACCCUACACUCCUGUUGCCAUUUUAUUUUUAUUUGAUUAAACCACCAUGUAAUUUUGUGAGUUAAGAUCGAUUGUUUUGUGUAGCGAGUGUUGCCACAGCCCAACCUUCUUAUGAUUUUUCUUUAUAAUGUUUGUGGCUUAAAUAAAUUUGUUGGGAAUAAUAAGAGUGAUAUCUGAACUAUUUUGUUGUAAUUAAAAUAGUUCACAUGUCUUUUGUUGUA